GUUCAUCAUCGUCGAACGUCUCCCACUUGAACGUUGACCAUGACCAAUUGGACACUCGGUGAGAGAUUCCACCAACGCUACCCUCAUCUGAGCGGAGUGAAGGCGUUAUGGGAGACAAAGUGGAAUUUGCCCCGUCAAUUGGGCGUUUACCCAUUCCACAACGGACUUUUCGAGGAUUUCAGGAUAGCAACGAGAUACCCUUGUUGGUCAGGUUGCCGACAAGCUCCAGCAGUCAAAACAAGUGCCCAAUGGUGCUGCUUAUCACUGGACUCGACGGGCACCGCCCAGACAACACGGGGCGGACUGAUGAGUUCAUAAACCGAGCAGGAGCUUGCGUGAUUGCUGAGAUCCCAAGCACUGCAGACUGUCCCUCAGAUCGCCGGGAUCCCGAGUCUUCAGAUCGGUUAUCCACUGCCAUCUUGGACUGGAUGGACAAACAACCACAGUUCGACAUGCGGAAAUGUAUUGCAUGGGCCCUGAGCGCUGGUAUGCCUUGUGCAUACUCAUCAUGCUCGCCUGGCCAGCAGUAUUGGACAGGGUCCUCGUACCCAUCACUUCCUCUCCCGGGAGUGGCUCGAGCACGUCGAUGACCACGAAUAUCCAUUUGUCCUCAGUGAGGCGUACGUCUCAAAGUAUGGUUACAAAGACUGGGAAGAUCUUCUUCAAAAUGCCCAAAGGGAUUACAGCCUUGUUGAAAACGGCUUGUUAGUCGGACCCUGCUGCAGGUUGCUUCUUGUCAAUGGCACCUGGGCACGUUUAAUGCCUAUUGAGGAUAGCAUGCUGC